AUGGAGGGAUCCAGAGGGGAUCUGGGGCUGCCGGGUUCAGGGGGGGAACUGUGGGAUGGGGGUGUCCGCACUGGCGCUCCGCGGAGUCUCUGUGGGGUUUGGGGUGUCCUGGGGGAUUUCGGGUGCGGGGGCUCGGCGGGGGUCCCCGGGAACAGUUGGGGGGGGUCACAACCCCCCCUCUCCCCGCCCAUCUUUCCCCCCAGGCACGCGACGCAGCUCCAAGCGCUUGGUGGUCUCGGCCCCCCAGGGGGCGCCCCCGUGGGCCCCCUCGUCCCGCAGCCCCUUGGGCAGCCCCGACUUCGACCGACCCCGACGGAGCCCCCGGCUCCCCCUGAGCCCCCCCAGAUCCCCCCCCUCGACCUCCCCGGCAUUGGUGGCGGCCCCGAGCGCAGGAAGAAGAAGAAGGUGACACCCAUUGAUCUGUUGGAGCUCGAGGCCUGGGCCGCCUCCAUGAAUGCCCAGUUCGAGGAGGCCGAGAGGUUCCACCUCGUUGUGGAGUGACCCGCAGAUCCUCAGGUGACCUCCGGGAUCCCCCUCACCCAUGCAAGAGAGACCCUCGCGGGACCCUGAGACUUCCACAGGAGCGGCCUGUGCUAGAGAGACGCUUGUGGGACCCUCAUGAGACCCUUGAGACCCCUGGGCAGGGUCCCCCUGUGAGAGAGAACCCCCCGUAGCAGGGAUCCCUGCCCCCGUCCUGUGCCUGCGCUCCCUCCCCGUUUGUCGCUCAUUAAAGGAGUUUUUUUCCGUGGCCGCGCUGCGGGUCCGAUGUCGC